AUGUUCAAACUACUCACCGUCAGUACUCUUUCUGCAGUGGUGUUAGGGAGUCCACGUAAUCUCCAAGCCAGCACCACCACGUCCAUCCCAACCACUACAGGCUCGGCAAGUCCCGUUAACCCUGCUACCUUGCAGAACACCUGCGACGUCUACUGCCAGGGACUUAACGGAGGUGCUUCUUACUGUAAACUGGAUUUGAGCCCACCCACUUGCCAAGGGGGUGAUCAGCCUUGUGGCACUAUUGCUAUCUGCGGCCCUCCUGUAACGGUGACACCGACUGAUGCGGUCCCCACUGGUGAUGGAACGUAUGAGCCAGCGUGUGACACUAUGUGUCAGAGUCUCAACGAUGAGGCUUCGUACUGCAAGUGGUGGCUCCCUCGCCCUACUUGUCUCGGUGGUGAUCAGCCGUGUGGGGAUCAAACUGUGUGCACCUCGCAGACGUGGCCUCCUGCCCCGACGCCGACACUUCCUUUCGAGGCCCACCCUUACGAGUCCGUCCCUUGCAAUUCCUACUGUGUUGGUCUCAAUGGACCAUCUUCCUUCUGCAAGUGGUGGAAGAGUGAGCCCUCCUGCUACGGUGGGGAUCAGUCCUGUGGCCCAUCAGAUUGCCCUACCGGCACCCCUGCCCCCACUGGAGGUCCUCCUGACUCUCAUGCCGGCCCCAGCCCCAAUUGUGACGCCUACUGUGCCGCUACUAACACUGGCCUCUCCGGUGAUCGCGUGUCGUACUGCAAGUGGUGGCUCUACGUACCGGUCUGCUAUGACGGUGACCAGCCUUGUGGCCCGAGUGUCUGCAAUAAUUACGGGGACAGUACAACUACGACUCCUAUCAUAACCACGGCAGCUACUUCUCCGGGGUCUACUUCUGCAGUGCAGACUGCUACCGCUCUUACUACGCCAACACCGCCCUAG